UCAUACUUGAACCCUUCAGCACUGUCAUCGUGCUAUACUUUUGUUCAGGCAGUACUUGGCCGCCACGUUAGCCGGCGUCGUACAGGACCUUUCAACAUGGCGGCGACGGGUACAAAGUCGGUUUUGUUCGUUUGUUUGGGGAAUAUCUGCCGAUCCCCCAUUGCUGAAGCAGUCUUCAGGAAGAUGGCAACUGAUGGUGGCAUCGUUGAUCAGUGGAUCAUAGACAGUGGUGCCACAUCAGACUGGAAUCUAGGCAGCUUACCGGAUGCCCGCGGUCUAGCCUGCCUCAGGAAGCAUGGCAUUGACACGGACCACAGGGCGCGACAGGUGACCAAGGAAGAUUUCAUGAGCUUUGAGCACAUUCUGUGCAUGGACGAGAGCAAUCUGAGUGACUUGAAACGGAAGGCAAAGUCUGUGAAAGAUUACACAGCAAAAAUUGAGCUUCUUGGUUCUUAUGACCCCCAGAAGCAGCUGAUCAUCCAAGACCCUUAUUAUGUAAGUAUUUAAACAAAUCCCUAUGUUCAACUUUAUUGC